AUGGCGCCCGAUUACGACAAGCAAACAAAGAAUAAUCGAGCAUGGCCACGAUUUGGGCAGAUCUUUCCAGGAAUUCGGAAAAACAAUGGCAACGCCACUGGCAAUGUUAUCGAUAACAACGUAGCUAAUGAGAAUAUCGAUGACAGCAGCAUUCCCAUCAAUGGCAACGCCACAGUCGAAGCCACCAACCAAUACUCUGGCAACUCAAACGGCGAAUCGAUGGGUAUAGCUUUUUCACUGGCGAAGGAAGUAUUGAUGGACUUCAAUGGCGAAUCGUGCUCCAAAAAGUGGGUGGCUCAGCUUAAAAAUAUCGGUGAAGUGUAUAACAUAUGCAACACUCACUUACGAAUGCUAUUCAUUUGCAAGAUGAAAGGCAAGGCACAUUCAUGGCUUCAUUCGGAGGUUACACGUAUUCGCGAGCCAGUAGCAGUACUAUGCGAACAGUUAAUGGCAGCUUUUGGAGAGAAGAUGUCCAAGUCACAAAUGCGUCGUCAUUUGGAACAGCGUAAUUGGAAAUUUGGCGAAAAGUUUGCAGUUUAUCUGGACGACAAACUAAUGUUAGCCAACAAUAUUAACAUCGAUGAAGAGGAGCUCCUUGAUAAAGUUAUCGAGGGUAUACCUGACAAGGGAUUACGCACUCAAGCACGGAUCCAAUGUUUCGCCAACCCUAAGCAGAUGUUAGCUGCUUUCGCUGAGAUACAUCUAGAGGACAUUCGACGCGCAACUAAAGAUGAAAACGAAACUAGCAGAGCAAACAAGCUCCAAGAGAUGCGCUGUCGUAGAUGUAACAUUAGAGGACACCUGGUGAACCGUGACCACGGGCAACCGUGAAACUAAUGGACUCAACCGUACGAACCAGAGCAGCAACAAUUUCCGUGCCUCAUAGAUUCGGGAGUCCAGUUUCCUUAAUCAAG